AUGCGGCGCGACCCAGCCUUUCGCGACAAAUAUGUCGAGUUCAUGCGCGAGUAUCAGGAGCUGGGUCACAUGUCACUGUCCAACUUCGAAUGGCGUUCACAGGAGCACUACUUCCUCCCUCACCAUGCGGUCUUGAGGACCCCUGAGAGUAAGAUUCGGGUAGUUUUUGACGGUUCCGCCCCCACAUCAAAUGGUGUGUCUCUGAACCAGUGUCUUCACUCGGGUCCUAAACUGAUCAAGGGCAUAUCCGACACCUUGACCCCAUUCUGUCGACACCAAGUGGUUUUUGUAGCGGACAUUCGGAUGAUGUUUCGCCAAUCAGUAGUCCAUCGUGACGAACGUCGAUAUCAGCUGAUAUUGUGUUGCGAGAAGCCCAGCGAUCCUAUACAGGUGUUUGAGUUGAACACCACCACAUAUGGACUCCGGUCCAGCCCGUAUAUCGCCAUGCGAACCCUCCUUGAAUUCGCUGAGAGAGAGCGCCUGAGAUACGCUCGGGGAGCUUCUAUUUUGGAGACUUCGGUCUACAUGGACGACAUUUGUACGGGCGCUUCCACCGUCGAGGAGGCUCUGAUCUUGCGAGACGAAUUAAUUGCCAUCCUGAAGUCCGGAGGCUAUGAGUUGCGCAAGUGGUUGUCGAACUCCCCUCAUAUUUUGAAGGACCUCCCAGGAGAGGAUCAACAAGACCCUCAUCUGUUCGAGCACCCUGAGAAUCCUAAUUUGUUGACUGUGCUGGGCAUUCAAUAUCAGCCUGUUCAGGACACCUUUACGUAUAGAGUAAAACUUGACCCACCGCCCAAAGCAUGGACCAAACGCUUCGUGCUGUCCACCGUAGCCCGCACCUUCGACUCUAAUGGGUGGAUCAACUCGGUCAUCUUUUUAGCUAAGUGCUUUCUUCAAAAGCUCUGGAUGUCCGGGUUGGGUUGGGACGAGCCGAUUGGCGGAGCCCUCAUGCGAGAGUGGCUCUCCAUGCUCUCCUCCCUUCCGGAUAUCAACCGGGUUUCCAUGCCAAGGUGCUUCCUUCCCCACGGGAAAUGUCGGGCUACCUUACAUGGGUUUUGCGACGCCUCUGAGAAGGGCUAUGCUGCUGCCGUAUAUUUGCGGACGAGUUCUGAGACUUCUCUCAACUGGCGACAUGUCCAAUGGGAGUUGAAUCCCGCGGACUGCGCUUCUCGCGGCUGUGAGGCCCCAUCGCUGGUUGACCACCCACUGUGGUGGAGUCCCGGUUGGUUAUCUGGGUCUCAGUCAUUCUGGCCCCCGGGCAAUUACUCCGAACCUACCGAAUUGCCGGGCCUACGAGCCCGAGUAGGAGUGGGCAAGGAUAAGCCCACUCGGGAUCUCUCUCUUCUGGAACGGUACAGCUCCUUCGAUAAGCUCUUGGGAGUUACUGCUUGGUUGCGCCGCUUUGUCCUCAAUUCGAGAUACCUAUCCAACCGACUCUCUGAUAGCGUUUUGUCCCCUAGCGAGCGUCGUGAAGCUUUGAUGCACUGGAACUGUAUGGUCCAAACGGAGAAAUUUGAGCCCGUCAUUGAAAACUUAAAGCGUGGCUCCGUUAUCAAGGGCGUCCUGGCCCGCCUGAACCUCUUUCUUGAUAACGCGGGGAUGCUGCGCGUUGGCGGAUGUUUAAAAAAUUCUCAACUGCCGUACGGGGCUCGACACCCGUUGCUGCUCCCUAAGGACGGCGCCCUGGUCCGGUUGCUGGUAGCCCACCACCAUGUUAAGAAUGCCCACGCUGGGUGCAACGCUCUUUCGGCUAUUUUACAGCGGGAGUUUUGA